AUGUCUUUUGUGGAUAACAUUAUUGUACAUUGUUUCCAUAAAGUAGAGAAGAACCCUUUGCCUUUUGUUUUCUUUGGACUGUCGGUGGUUUUGGGGAGACUUGCAGAAAUGAAUGAUUCCACGGUGAAGAACUUGGCCAUCACGGAGAAGAAGUUGCCGCAGAAGCCUGGAGGUUGUGUUGGCAUUUUCUUUCAGCUUAUCGAUUGGAAGAGGAAACUAUCCAAAAAGAAGCUCUUCUCCAAGAAGCUUCUUCCUCCCGCUCGUGCCAAAAAAUUCAAAGGGGAUGAAAAGAUGCCAAAUUCCAAGAUUCACUUGAUUGCUAAUGAGAAUAGUGGAGGUUUCCCCAGUGCCAAAAAAGGUGGGAAUCAUGGUGCAGAUGUAGAGCAAAGGAGUGAAAUGCGAGUUCCAAGUCUGGUUGCCAGGUUGAUGGGUCUAGAAUCUAUUCCAACUGCUCAGCGAGAUAAGUCCAAGAAAGCCUUGUGUGCUGAUGGGAAGAAGGAGUCUUUGGGUGACCAUUGUGAGUUGGAUAGGCAAGGCAUGGAUUUGGAGAUGGGAGUUGUGAAGCAUGAUUCAAGACCUCAAAAGCUUCAGAAAACUGGGUCCUACGAGAGAAGGGCAGUGACUAGGUUUGGAUCUGAGGCUUUCCAGAUUAAGAGUGUAUUAUCCCGAGGAAGAAAGUAUCAUCACCAUCAUCAUCCCAAGCUUGCUUCUUCUUUGAAAAGCCCGAGAAUUCCUUCUGGAAAGAGUGCUUCUCGAAGCUCUAGGUUAAUAGGUGCAGCAACUAAACUUUUGGAACCUGGGCUGCAGAGCAGAAGUAGGGCUAAAGGUUCUCUUACAUAUCCUGCUUCCAUGUAUACUCCUAAGACUGGCAUUGUGACAAGUGAUGUGCAAAAUCAAUCUUGUUAUGAAGCCGGUUCAUGCAAACAAUUGAUGGGGCAGACCUCUUGCAAAAACUGUGGUAAUUUGCUAGAUGUUGUUGACUGCAAGCUUGAGGUUGGGGGACAACCAUUGGAUCCUCAGCCCAUGGUUUCAGAUGUGAUCACAGCUACCUCUAUGGUAUCAUCAGAGAAGAAGGGAAAGUCAUUCACUUCCCAUGGACAUGACAGAGAUGUAGUUCUUCUGAGAAGUCAGGAAAAGCUUAUAUCUCUUGAUACUGAAGAGAAGGGAAAACAUAAUGUACAUAAUUCAUGGAGUGAACCUACUGUCAGAAGAAUUUCAAUGCCCCAUGAUGGUCUACCUAAAUGGAAUUCAUCUUGUCAACCAUCAAGGACCCUAGAGGAUGAUGCAUCUUCUUUUCCCUUAAAACACAAAACUCAAACACAAGAGCAGAUGAUAAGCAGUGAAAGAUAUUCAUCUGGAUCUACACUGAGUGAUAUGCAAGUAAAAAGGGUAUCAUCAUCUACCACUACUACGAAUGGGGGUAAAGAUUUUGUUUCUAUGAAUAGAAGUCUUAGUGGUCGAACAAGGACAAGAUCACCAACCAAAGAGGAUAGUUCCAAAUUUGACUUAGAAAGAAAACCUUAUAAUCGACAGCAUAGUUCCUUGUCUCACGUAAGGACAUUAGAGAGAAAAAGAAGGAUACCAAAUGUCACACAACUAGAAGGCACGGGUUCUGUUUAUUCAGUUGGUGCAAAACAUAGAAAUCUCCAUUCUAGUGGAUUGGGUGGCAAAAGGAGGGAUUUUAAUGCUUCCUCCUUGAACAAUUCUGUUGUAAAAAAUAAGCAAGUUGCUCAAGGAGAAAGAAUUAUUAAGGUUAAUGACAACAAGAUCAAUGAUGUAGUGUCAUUUACAUUUAAUUCUCCUCUGAAGCAAAAGGUAGGAAUAACUGUUGAGAGGGAAGAGACAAGCAGUGACAAAGAGAGUAUCCAAAGGCCUUCACCAUUGAGAGUUGAUGCUUUAGGUGCCUUUCUAGAACAAAAAUUGAAAGAAUUAACAUCUCAAAGAGACGAAGAGUUGGCCACAGGUGCUCUACCAAAGAAAUCAAGUGCCAUGAUUCUUCAAGAGCUGAUAUCUGCUUUAAGUUCAGAGCAUUUGAUCUGUCAUGAUGGUCAUCAUCACGUGUUUAAUGAAAACGUUGGUUUGCAUUAUGGGGAAAAACAAGAAAGGUUAUUAGGAAGAACCUCUUGCAAUGGUAAUCAUCUCAGUCCUGGAUCUGUUUUGGAAGCUUCCUUUUCUUCCAGUAGUCUGGAUGAAAGCUCAGGGCACGGUUUUCACCCUGACUCCAUGAAUCACUCUUAUUAUGGUCAGCUAGAACAUGAUACUGAACUUUCAGAUUCUGCAACAUCCUUUACCAAAGGGAGGAUAGGUGAGAUACUGAGUGAUCUUGUCAACCAACUUCCCAGGGCAUUGGAAAGUUUGCACACUUUUGGGACAGUAUUAACAAUAAGCAAGCUAAACCAUAUGAAGGAUAUUUUCUUGCAUGCUGAGUUGGUGCUUGGAAUUACAACUGAUCGCAGAGAGGAUGAAGGGCCCCCACAACUUAUAAUUUAUCAGUUUCUCGUUGAUGAUCUUGAGAGUAUGACGAGUGAUCCCAUGUGGGCAGAUGUGGGUUGUGAGGAUUCUAAACAGAGAAAGGAGCUUAAGGGUUUUCUCCUUGAUUGUAUUGUAGAAUAUCUAGAAUCAAACUGCAGCCAAUAUUUCAACUCUGGAUUCAGGGCAUGGACAAAGCUACCUUUAUGCAUGAGAGCUGAGAUGCUGGCUCAAGAGGUCAAGAGGGAGAUCAACAAGUGCUUAUCUAUGGCUGGGAUGGUACCUGAUGAAAUAAUAGAAUGGGAAAUGAGCCACUCCUUGGGGAAAUGGACAAACUUUGAUAUUGAAGCAUUUGAGGCUGGUGUUGAUGUAGAUGGUGAUAUACUUCAAACUUUGGUUGAUGAAGUUGUUGAAGACCUUGUGAGUUGCAAACACGGUUCCAUUUCCUUCUAA